UUCCGGGAGCACGAGUUCAGCGGUGGAACGGAAGCUGGCGCUGCUGAUUGGCGUGUUGUGAGGGAAUAGGAGUGGACACAAUGUCUUCGUUUGAUUUCAGACGUGACGUUGACCUGGCCUGCAGAGCUGCUGAGGAGUUUGUCCCUCUGUAUUAUGAUACCUAUGACAAAAGGAGGAGACAAUUGAUAAAGCUUUAUGCCGAUACAGCAACCAUGGUUUGGAAUGGAAACGCUGUUUCUGGGCGCGAUGCAUUAGUUGAGUUCUUUGAGAUGUUGCCAUCCAGUCAAUUCCAAAUCAAUAUGUUUGACAGCCAGCCUGUCCACGAGCAAGCUACCCAAGGCCAGAAAACCGUUAUGGUUGUUGUCCAUGGAUCUGUGAAGUAUGAAGGAAAUAAGCUACAUAACUUCAACCAAAACUUCUUAUUGACUAUUCACACUACUCCAUCUAGUCAAGUGUGGAAGAUUAUAAGUGACUGUUUCCGUUUCCAUGACUGGGCCAGCUAGUUCUACUGUUUGUUCUGGUAGAACACCUUAUGUAUGUUUUAUAGAUCUUAAAGACUGUUCAAAAGAAGUUUUGUUUCUCAGUUUUACCCUUUAGUAACCCCAACCAUUGUUUGCAAUAAACUAGGAUGGGUUAAUGUAUAAAUUGAAAGAAAAACGUGUCAUUUUUGUUGAAGAGUAAAGUUAAUAAAGUUUUUAUAUCCUUUUGUA